AUGCUACACGCCACUGGAGCCCACGACGUGACUUUCCAAACACGGCAAGGUACUGUCACAGCCCAUUCACACAUGCUGAUAGAUGCAUCACCCGUCUUGAAAGCAAUGCUGGAGUCUUUCACGAAAGGAGGCACUACCCAGUGCAUUGAGGUGAAAGAUACCACCAAGAACGGUGUAACGCUACUCCUGCAGAUGAUCUACACAUGCUCCAGCCAAGAUGAGCCCUCGUACGAGACAUUCUUGGAGGCAUUAGACCUCGCACACCGCUGGCAAGUUUCAGAUGCAAUUUCCAUCAUUGCCCAGGCUUUGUCUGGCAUGCUUGAACCCAAGAGCUUCCCCUCCAUCGCUGAAGCUGCGGUGCUCAAAGGCCUCGAGGAGUUGAAGACUGCUUGUCGAAGCUUUGCGCGCACAUCUUCUGCUGUGCAGGGGGAGCUAGAGAAGGGUAAGCUGCCAGCAGCUGUGCAAGACCUUUUUGGGCAAGCCGCUAGAUGCCGCAGCAGUGCAAAAGCGUAG